GUGCCGCCCCAUUUUCUUUUCUGUACUUUUGUCUGCCUGUCAACAAUCGAAUUCAAAUACCCAGCGCACUGAAAAAGCAAACAGCUUUCGCCUUUCGCAGCUGUCCUAAUAAGUGCUUAGCCCUACUUUUUCCAAACCAAAAAAAAAAAAACCAAGAAGUUGAGCGAUCAGCGUUUCCAUUUCUUUCUGCUCUUCUCUUCCCUUCUGGACUCGACUGGUGGUUAUCCGAUUAGAUUUCAAGUUCACUUGAUAGUAGAGCCCGAUGAAGCAAGUAGAAAACAUGUGGGGAUUAGUGUUUGAAACUGCAAGUCAAAUCAGCAAGUUUGUGAUGAUAUCAAUGAAAACAUGCUAUAAAUCAGUUGGUGAUCAUCCAUUUGUUGUGGGCAUCCUGCUUUUGUUUAUAUUUCUUCAGAGAUUAUUUCCUGUUUUGUUUUCUGUUUUGGUCUCAACAUCCCCUGUUAUAAUCUGCACCGCUGUUCUUCUUGGAACCCUUUUGAGUUUUGGCCAAUCCAACAUACCCGAGAUUGAACGGCAAGACGAUAUUGCUUCUCUUAGAACUUGGGUUCCUGGCGAUGACACUGUUGUUGUUGGCAGUGGUGGCAGCUUUUCCGCAGAGAAUUUCUCAGCAUCUAGCAGGGACAUUGUCUACGACGAUGUGGCCCCUGACUCAACAGAUUACAGAGUCAAUGGUGAGGUUGGGGACCAUGAUGUUUAUGCACCACUUAUUAAUGAGAAUGUGCAGCAGACUCAAAGUGACGAGAGGGUAACUGAGGAUGUGGAUAGAGACAUAGAGUUGGAAACUCAGGGGUUGCCAAAUGAUGUGGAAGCAGUCGAACCGCAGUAUACUUUGCUUCAAAAGGUUCGAGAUCAGAUUCUUCAAGUGCAAGAUGAUAAUGUAUCUGCCGGAGGAGGAGAACACUUGGAUUCCUUUCUGGGUGGCUAUGGUCAUGAUGACAGUGGUGAAGCUUCUGAUUCCGGGUCAGAUGGGGCGGAGAGCUCGUCACCUGAUGCGUCAAUGGCUGACAUCCUUCCAAUUCUUGAUGAGUUACAUCCGCUUUUAGAUUCAGAAGCUCCACAGCAGGCUCAUAUGUCGCAUGAUGGAUCUGAUGCAGCUUCAGAUAGCAGUGUUGAGUCGGAUGAGGAUAUUGAAGGCCAGGGUGGACAAGUAGAUGAGGGUGAUGGGGUUGAUUACAACGGCGGAGACAAGGAAGAAGUACCGGCGCACAGUGGCACGGAGGAUGAAAGCAAAUCUGCAAUCAAGUGGACAGAUGAUGACCAAAAGAAUCUCAUGGAUUUGGGAAAUUUGGAGCUUGAAAGGAACCAACGGUUGGAGAAUCUUAUUGCAAGGAGAAGGGCUAGAAAAAGCUUCAAAUUAAUGCCUGAGAAGAAUCUAAUAGAUUUUGAUGGUGUUGAUCUUCCCUUCAAUGUUUCACCAAUUUCAACAACAAGGCGCAACCCAUUCGAUUCUCCAUUUGAUGACUCCUAUGGUAACAUGGGGUUACCACCCAUCCCUGGAUCUGCUCCAUCCAUUAUGUUGGCAAGGAGAAAUCCUUUUGAUCUUCCUUAUGACUCAAAUGAAGAAAAACCUGACCUCAAGGGAGACCUUUUCGAGCAAGAGUUUAUUGCAUUGCAUGCCAACGAUGCAUUCUUCUGUAGGCAUGAAAGCUUCAGUUUGGGAGCUUCAAGCUUGGGAGGUGCCAAACACGAGAGGCAAGACUUUAAGUGGAAACCUGUUUUCUUACCAGAGAUAUUAGCUUCAGAAGGACCAGGUUAUUCCUUAUUUCAGAGACAAUCAAGUGAAGUUAGUGAAUCAAAGUUGAGUUCUGUUCCUGAUAGUGACUCGGUGAGUUCUGUACCAGAUUUGGAUGAUAGGAAGUUCAGUGAGCAAGACUUUACUACAGAAACGGAAGUCAUCUCCAACAUAUAUCAUGCUUCUGGUCUUGUUGACCAUGGAAGUCAUUCCUAUGAAGACAUAUAUUCCCUGGAAAUGGGACAGGCUGACAGACAAGAUGUCAUAAUCGAUCGGCGUUAUAUAGAAUUGGGUGAAAGGGAAAAGCUGGAACCAAGCUUGUCGGACAAUGGAGGAUUACCUACUCUUGUUAGUAAUAAACUCCAUUUGAGUCGAGAAAUAGUUGAAGAAGAGGACAGCAGCAGUAGUAGCUCAAGCUUGUCAUCAUUGUCGGAAGCACAUGAAAAAACCUCAGAUGUGAGGAAAGGUGAAUUAAGUUCUGAACCAAGUGGUGAUCUCAUGAAGGAAGUUCUAAUUUCACGACAACAUUCACUUGAGGAAUCAAAUGUUCAAUUCAUAAGCACGACAGUUGAUGACAAUCAAUUUAAGGAGCCAGUCUACGACUCGAUUCCCCUUGAAGCUGAAAACCUCAUUUCAUUGAACUCCAUUUCUUCUGAUUUGCAAGCAGAGAUAUCUGAACUAGUUACACUUCAAGCAUCAGCGGAAAUGCAUGUUCCGUUUGUAUACAAGAAUAAUGAUGUGGAUGGUGAGAACAUAGAGAAGGCUACUUCAGGUGAUGAAGAGAUAUUUAGUGCCACCUCAAAAGCACAUGGAGCAGAUGAAAUUGAGGGAGACUUGGGAAUCUACAACCAACCCCAGCUAACAUGUUCUCUUUCAGAGGUAGAAGUCAGUCUCCCAAAGAAUUUGGAGGUGAAUGCAACUUCUUCAGAAUCUGGUUACCACUAUCUGCUUUCCAAUGAACAGACAUCAGAACAGGAGAAAGAUCUAUCCUGGUUGGAUAAAUCCAUGGUUGAACCAUGUCUUGAUAAUCAUUUGGAAGCUCUUCUUAUUGAAGAUAAUGUCAAGGAAGAGAUAGAUGACAUGAAGGAGAUUGAUGCAGAGUUGUUAUUAGAAUUGGAUACAGUUGGAGAUUUCAGUGUGAAAGAAGUUGUUGGUGAGCCACUCGAUUAUGAGCUGAUAAGAGAGGAAUCUAAUGCUGUGAGCACUGAAUCUGGGUUGUCGACUGCGGAUUCCAACCUGUCAAAACCCAACUUGGAACUACCUAUUUUUGAGCACAGUCACAAGGGAGUAGAUAUUGAUGUGGCUCUCAAACAAAUUCAUGAGGGAGUCGAUGUUGAGGAGGGCAUGUUUCCUAGUGUGGUUGACAAUGAGCAAGUAUCAGAAGAUACAGUGCAGAUCAGUUCACCGUUGCUGACAGUUGAAGCAACAAAUUUGGAAGAUAUUAUCACUUCAAAUCAACCUCCACACAGUUCUGUUAAGGAUUUUCCACAAUUAUCGGAUACAGAGGGGUUAGCAGAAUUACAUCUGGAAUUACCUCCAGAGGGUAAUGAGGUAUCACCAGAUGUCUUGCAUGAUGCGGUGGGGGAUAAUGCAUCAGACAAUAUAGGGUUUAAUGUUCAAGAUACUUUCACUACUCAUAAUACAGUAAAGCAACCAUCAGAAGGUAAUGUUACCGAGCUGCCAAAUCCAUCAAAUUCAAAGGAUAUAUUGGCAAAUGUAGGAACUGAAGCUAUGGUGGAGUCUGUAUUAAGCAAUGUUGUUUAUGGUGUUGACGAAACUACCACUAAUUCUCCUUUGAAGCAAGUCUCGGAAGAUGCUGUCUGGGAGCUGCCAAAACCAUCAAAUUUGAAGGAUGGAUGUGAAGAAGUAACGAAUACGGUGGUGGAUUCUAUAGAGGAGAUAGGAUUAAACAAUACAGGAUCAGGUGUUCAAGAAACAAUCCCUACUCAUAGUGCUCUGAAGCAGGUCUCGGAAAAUGUUGCAGCUGAGACCAUUGAGAUUGCAUCAGGCAGUAGAGAAGUUGUGCAAGAACCUGUGCCUACUCAAGUUUCAGAAAAGAAGGUUGGUGUUGGUGAGCUGCCAAAACCAUCAAAGUCAAAUGACAGAUUAACAGAAUAG